AUGCGCCCUUCACAUCCGGCCUCUGGCCUGCGGCUCUGCCGCACCUGCGAGCUUCUCCUUCGCCCCCAGUCCCAAGCAGCCCGACGCCAAUUGCCACGAUGCUCAACGUCCAUCCGCCCCUUCACCACUACCCCUCCCUCCCUCAAGAAGCGCGCCGAGCCGAGCGCAGCGGCAAAUACCUCCCAGAGCAGAUUCGGGAGAAUACAGAAAGCCGCCGGAGAGCAGCCGCCAGACGUAGACCCGACUGUCUACUCCCUGGCUGCCAUCGACCGUGUGCUUAGGGACUUUUUCAGUCCCGGGGGCGUUCCGUCCGAACAAAUGACCGUCGCUGCCUUACGCGCCCUGACUCCUGUCGACCUCAAGCUCGUCAAAGAGCCUAAGAAGGCAGAAGAGCAAGCAAAGAUUAAAUUGUCACAUCAUCAGCCGGCCGAGGACCUGCUAGAAGCCGGCCGUACCACCCAGCCACAGCAUACUUCACACAAACCAAGCAUCAUUAUUGACAAGAUCUCGGAAGCGGCCUAUUCUAUUGUCACGCAUCCUGAUACCAUCAUUACUCGCAAUGUGCUGGAGGAGUACGUGCGCUUGCAGAGCCGGCUUGGUCGUCCGGAGAGCUUACCCCAAGUGCUGAACCUCUUCGCGUCUAAGCCGAAGCCAAAGGUCUCCUCGGGCGCCGUCACCUACGUCGAACGGAAUCCCGAGAGUGCCGAGAAUUCGAUCGAUCCCGCUAUCGCCGACAUGGCCCUCGAUGCCGCAAUUGAGGCGAAGGACCUGCAGACCACAAUUGGCGUGCUGGAGAACACAUAUUCGUCCAAAGCCUUUUUGAGGGCAAAGCUUUUGAAAAAAGCCUUGCUCCCCGGAUUUGCCAUGGCUGGUACCCCGGUCGCGCUUUAUCUAGUCGCCGGGGAGCUAGCCAAAUACCAGACGGCCCUGGAACCAAAGGUUGCUACUGGCAUUGCUUUUAUUGGCGGCCUCUGCUACGUUGGCUUCACCGCGACCAUUGGCAUGGUUGCCCACUUUAGUCGAAACGACCAAAUGAUACGCGUCACCUGGGCCCCGGGGACCCCACUGCGUCAUCGCUGGCUGCACGAGGAAGAACGUGCGGCUCUCGAUAAGAUUGUCUGCGCAUUUGGCUUUUCGGAGGAAACCCGUUUUGGUGAGGAAGAGGGCGAGGAUUGGGAAUGGCUGCGCGAGUACUGCCUCAGCAAAUCCAUGAUUGUCGACGCCGUUGAGCUCAUGCCAGGCAUGAACUAG